CCUGGUGAGAGAGGAGGGCGUCGGAAGCGUCCUGGGCUCGGAGAUAUCUCGUUGUUAGAUGAGAGGACCAAAAGCCACGGCUUGGAAAAACACUAGCGAUUCAACAUGCAGCGAAUAACGGGGAAAACUGGAGAUGAUAGUUUAAUAGAGAUGAGCCCGACAGAGUCUUAUAAUGAUGACGUAAACGGCUACCACCAAAAUGACUCAUACAGCGCAGAGUCGUUCCAGCAGGGACCAUCAAUGAUUGACAAGCAACAACAAAGUAAAGACUCUGUGUUCUUCCGUGAUGGAAAGCGCAGGGUGGAUUUUGUCCUGUCCUACAUUGACGACAAAGAUGGUGAGAGGAAACAGGAGAGGAGGAAGGUGUAUGAAGCCAAUCUGGAGAAGGUUGGCCUGGAGCUGGAGACGGAAGAUAAAUCGGAGUCAGAAGAUGGAAGAACGUAUUUUGUGAAGGUCCACGCUCCGUGGGAAGUGUUGGCCACCUACGCACAAGUCCUAAAGAUCAAAGUCCCGUUCAAGGUCAACGACAUCCCAAACCACAAGGAGAUGCCCAUGAACUGGCUGUCCACUCCCUUUCGUCUGCCGGGGCACAUCAUGCAGCCUGAGCCUGACUUCUUCACGGCUCCCUUCAACAAGAGCAAGUCUGACUUCUUCCUUAUCGACGACAAAAACACCUUCUUCCCCCCUUCGACUCGCAACAGGAUAGUCUACUAUAUCCUGGCCCGAUGUUCAUACACAAGUGAGGAAUGUGGAGAUAAAGACAAGAAGGGAAUCAAGAGGUUACUCAACAAUGGCACCUACACUGCUGCCUUCCCGCUGCACGAUUCUAGAUAUUGGAAAAGAUCGAGGGAUCCUAACUGCGAAAGUGAAAGGUUCAGUCUUCACAAACACUGGGCCAGAUUCUUUUGUUUCUUCAAAGAGCAGCCGCUCAACCUUAUAAGGAAGUAUUAUGGGGAGAAGAUUGGUAUUUAUUUUGCGUGGCUGGGGUUCUACACUGAGAUGCUGCUGUUUGCUGCAAUCGUAGGAACAAUUUGUUUCGUCUACGGAGUCCUUACCUACGAUGACAAUCAGUGGAGUAAAGAAAUAUGUAAUGCGGAAAUUGGAGGCAAUAUUGUCAUGUGUCCGCUGUGUGACAAGAAAUGUAGCUACUGGAAACUCAACUCAACAUGCAACUCCUCAUGGCAAUCGCACCUAUUUGACAAUGUGGGAACAGUGUUUUUUGCCAUAUUCAUGGGGAUUUGGGUGACGCUGUUCCUGGAGUUUUGGAAGAGGCGGCAGGCCCGUCUGGAGUACGAGUGGGAUCUGUUUGACUUCGAGGAGGAGCAGCAACAACUGCAGCUUCGCCCAGAGUAUGAGACCAAGUGCACCAACCACAAGCUGAACCGCAUCACUCAGGAAAUGGAGCCUUACUUACCCAUAACAAGCAAGUGUGCACGCACAUGUCUGUCUGGAGCCACCGUCCUGUUCUGGAUCUCAUUGAUCAUUGCCUGCAUCAUGGGAGUGAUAGCGUACCGUCUGGCGGUAUAUGCGGCUUUCGCCAGCAUCAUGAAGGACAGUCCCACCUCCAAUCUGCAGGUGGUUGGUCCCUACAUCACUCCACAGCUGGCCACCUCUGUCACCGCCUCCUGCAUCAACUUUGUCAUCAUCAUGAUCCUCAACCUCAUGUAUGAAAGAGUGGCUGUUUGGAUCACUGACAUGGAAAUUCCAAAGACCCACCUGGAGUACGAGAACAAACUGACAGUGAAGAUGUUCCUCUUCCAGUUUGUCAACUAUUACUCGUCCUGCUUCUAUGUGGCCUUUUUUAAGGGCAAGUUUGUCGGCUAUCCUGGAGAUUAUGCUUAUAUGUUUGGCAAGUGGAGCAAACUGAGGAAUGAAGAGUGUGACCCCGGUGGCUGUUUGAUUGAGUUGACCACCCAGCUGGUGAUUGUGAUGACUGGUAAACAGGUGUGGGGCAACAUCCAGGAGGCUCUGGUCCCGUGGCUGAUGAACUGGUGGGGCAGCAGGAAGUCACGAAAACAUCCAGAGAGUCUGUACAGCCGCUGGGAGCAAGACCAUGACCUGCAGAGCUUUGGACAGCUGGGCCUCUUCUACGAGUACCUGGAAAUGGUGAUCCAGUUUGGUUUCAUCACGCUGUUUGUUGCCUCCUUUCCUCUGGCACCCCUGCUGGCACUUUUCAACAACAUCAUCGAGGUUAGAGUGGAUGCCUGGAAGCUCACCACUCAGUUCAGACGUCCUGUGGCAGCCAAGGCCCACAGCAUCGGGGCCUGGCAGGAAAUCCUCAAUGGGAUGGCCGUCCUCUCUGUUGUUACGAAUGCAUUCAUUGUGGCCUUCACCUCUGAUAUGAUUCCACGACUCGUGUACAUGUAUGCCUACCAGCCGGACGGUGAACUAAGUAUGAAAGGCUACAUAAACAACAGCUUGUCUGUUUUCAAUAUCUCAGCGAUCCCAUUUGACAACAGGCCUGAGGAUGGGGAGAACCCUUUAUGGUUCAACAGCUCCAUCACCAAUUGCAGGUAUCGUGAUUACCGCUACCCUCCCGGCCAUGAGAAGCAGUACCACCACACUAUGCAGUUCUGGCACAUAUUGGCUGCCAAGCUGGCUUUCAUCAUCAUCAUGGAGCACGUCGUGUUCCUGGUCAAGUUCUUUGUUGCCUGGAUGAUUCCCGAUGUUCCCUCUGACGUGAGGGCUCGAGUAAAGAGAGAGCGUUACCUGGUCCAGGAAUAUCUCCACAACUAUGAAGUGGAGAAGCUGAAGAUCCAACUCAGCCAAGUCGGCAGCAAUGAGUGUAACUGCACGCCCAUGAUCUAUCCGUCUAUAUCCAAACACGAAGUGCUGUCAGAGUGUCUCUAGCCCAGCGAGCUGCUGGUCAAUCAACUGCACGUAAUGGGAGGACAUGGUGAUGUAAAUUGUAAACUGCUUGUGUAUUAUGAUAGUGACUCUGACUUUGCUGUAGUUCCUGUUAUUUCUGCAAUACACACACACACACACACACACACACACACACACACACACACACACACACACAGACAACUUUUAUUAAGGAGCUAAAGGUUUCCUCAACUCUCAGCUAUGCCUUGUCUACUAAUCUGCUGACAGUGCAAGUGCACACAGGUGAAAGACUAAGUCUCCACGCAUGCUGAAACACUUGAAUUUAAACCUCUGUUUCAUACUUAUGGCUUUUCACUUUUUAUUGUAAUUGUUGUGCUGAGGAUAAUCAAAAGUUGCUGUAAGGAAGAAAAGAGGAAAUGAUAUAUAACACUGUGUCUAAGCCAGGCAACUCAUCUGGUUUUUAUACAUAACUAUUUAUUUUAAGUGCCACUAUGAGUAACCAAAGACUGGAUGCCUUAAUAUAUCACACACUUGUCAUUGUUUUUAUAUGUCAGUCAAAUGACAGUUAAUAUAAUUUGGAAACUGAGAGCUUGUUCAUUUUGAGGGUUUUUUCCCCCAUAUGUAGCUGUAUGAAGGGUUCCAGUGUCGUUUUUUUGUUUUUGUUUCGUUUUUUACAGUUAAUGCAAUAAAUGUGAGCAUGGUUUUAUUUACAGCAUUUAGGGCACAGCACAGAUGUAACACACACUAACCAGACUAUUAUCUUCCCUUCCCUGCCCUGAUUUGACAUAUUUUGCUCUGAUCUCAUAAUAGCCCAACAGUUUCUCCAGGCCAAAAACCUGACAUGUGAAGUUAAGUAGCUUUUUAUGAAGAGAAAUGUGUGCUGCUGUGAGUAAGUGGAGAUUUUGUCCUACGUUGGCCAGUCGUUCGGCAGCUGGUGCGUGUUGACUGUUGACAGCGAGUCCUUGUUCCUGGAGAUGAAAGCGAAAGCCCCGAGAGCGAAGAGAUCCCUUUUUAAUGUGCCUCUGUUUACCAACACGUCGGAGCUAAUGAAAGCUUGCCCCCAUCUACUGAACUAUGUUUGUUCCAUUACACAAAGCACAUCAGCCAUCGCCCAGUUCUUUUGCUUCUAGUUUCCUCAGCUGUGUCUGCGUAGAAAAGGAAAGAUACACUUUUUUUAAAAAUAUUUUGCACGAAGCACUUAAUGAAACAUGUCACUCUAAUUGUUGUCAUGAUGCCACACAUUCAUUAUCAGUGUUUUGAAGCAGUAAUGUCUGAUAAUAUUUAUUUAAAUGGAACAAGAGUUACAUGUAGGUUAGAAAGAAGGAGUUCCCUGCUUUGAUUUUAAUGUUAAGUUUAAAUGCCAUUUCAAAAACAUGGAGUAAAGAUGAUUCUUUAUGUUUGGAGAUUAUAUGAAGGACAUUUCAUAUUUAUUCAGCUGCCUACGUAGAAACAUGUGAGAAGUAUCUGUUAUUGAAGUAUUUGAAUUUUAUGUAAAGAUAUCUGACUGGUUGUGAUCUUCAGUUUGCUUGAGAUGCACAUAGAUGUGAUCACAUAGUCGAGGGCAUUGUUGGACUGUUCACGUUUGCCUUUUUCUUGCCCUGCGCUCAUCUAAACUAGUGCCUGUCGAUGCCUUAAUACUUCUUGUUCUUUGUUUCGUGUUACUUCUUUGUACAUUUCCUUUUUGAAUGCAAAUGUUUUAUUACGUCUGUCCUCUUUUUCUUAUGCUUUAGUAAUAUUUUAUUUUAUACUGUUACAUUACAAAUAAAGUGAAUCUGUUUACUGUAUGCUCAAAGUUACAAUUUCAUGUUUUCAUUCAUUUUGUUCUGUAUUCUUUUUUUCUUUUGUAAUAUUAU